AUGUCGGAUGAAAAGAUUAUUUUAAAUAUUGGAGGCAUUAAGUAUGAAACUCUUCGAUCAACACUCACUGCUCAGCCAGAGACAUUACUUGGAACAAUGUUUCGAGAUCAAAAUGAAUACAUUAAAAAUUCG